ACGGAUGUGUGUGUCUCUGUGUGUGUGUAUGUGUGUGUCUGAGAGAGGGAGAGGGAGAGACAAACAGGGGUGGGUGAAGUGUGUAUGCGGCUCUGGGAGGGUGAGAAUGAAUGUGUGACCGAUAAAGGUGGAAGAAGUAGGAAAUACGGAAGAAAAAGUCCCAGGUCUGUGCAGCAACUUCAUUCACACAUCUGAAAUACUCUCGUGCAAACUUGCGGUGAGAGUUGUCCGGACUGGAGGUGGGAAAAGCGAAAAAAAAAAAACCCACUUCGGGAUGUGGACUCCCGCGUCCCUCGCUCUGGCGGCCCGGGAAUCACGCGCCAUUGAAGGGGGUGAUACUGUGCAUGCGCUUUGGCUCCACUGAGUGCACGCUCGGGUCGGUCGAUUCGAGCACAGUGGCGUGGCUCUUGGCCUCCAUUUGCCAGUUUGUGUUUAUGUUCGAGGGAUUCAACGAGACCCAGACCACGGCCACGACGACGUGCAACAGUUGGAGCUACGUCGGGGAUUGUUAUGAUUAUAUCGCCAAUGAUCGGCACGAGACUAUUGGACGGAUGUUGAAAGAUUUCAUCUGAUGUGUGAAAGCCAUUGAUGAUGACAGCUAAAGACGCUGAACCAAAAUCAACGGAGGACCCCCCUGCACCAGUGGAGGAGGAGGAGCAAAGCAUGACAGACAUUCCCUCCCCAGAUCCUCCUCCGACCAUCCCUUCUUCUUCACCUCUUGUUCUGACCACUACAGUACCUAAUGUCAUAACUGAAUCAACAAUGGAGCCAAAAGCAGUCUCAGUGGCGUCUAACGACUGCAGCACAGCGCUCUCUUCCCCUGUCGAAGCCAGCCCAGCCAAACCUACUGUAACAUCACCCUCUAUAUUUGAUGGGACUAUAGAAACCAGCCCAGAGACCUCACAUAUUGCCUCAGCGUCCGACUCCCUUACAUCCACAGGGAUAGGCCUUGUCAGCAUAACAGAAGUGCCUACACUGUCAUUGCCUGUUUCGCCAACUACAACAUUUGGCAAUAGAGAUCAGGAGGAAGACUUUCCUAAUGUUUUGACCUUCAAAGGAGUAAGCGUCACAUUGGAGAAUAAUAAUGUGUGGAAGCAGUUCUUCGGCUGUGGGACAGAGAUGAUUCUUACCAAACAGGGCCGUCGCAUGUUCCCCUACUGCCGAUAUCGCCUGACUGGUCUGGAUCCUGACCGGCUUUACAGCCUGGUGCUAUCCAUAGUUCCAGCAGCUCCGUAUAGGUACCGCUGGCACCAGUUCAAAUGGGAGAUCACUGGACAAGCAGAGCACCAGACUCAGGGUCUGAUCCGUGCAUUUGCUCACCAUUACUCACCCUGUCGAGGCUCAGACUGGAUGGGCAGCUUGGUGUCCUUCUACAAACUCAAACUGACCAAUAACCCCCAAGAUGAUGAUGGGCAUAUAAUCCUACACUCCAUGCAGCGCUACAUUCCAAGGAUUCAUGUGAUACCGGUCCCAGAUGGGGAUGUGUUCUCUCCAGACAAGCCUGUGGUUAUGGGACCAGAGAGCAUGACCUUUACCUUUCCCCAAACUGAAUUCAUGACUGUGACAACUUAUCAGAACUUUCGGAUCACGCAGUUGAAAAUUAAUCAUAACCCGUUUGCAAAAGGCUUUAGAGAGGAUGGGAACAACUCACGCCUACAGCGAGUCACACCGGGGGCUCAUCCUGCGGUGCAGUUAGACAUCCAUUCUACUGUUUUAGUACCUGCUGUAAUUAAUGAGAAUCAAGGGGCUGUGGAUCUCAGCAUGAAGAAUGAAACCGCCCCAGCCCCAGCCCCUGCUCCUGCUCCAGCCCCUGCUCCUGCUCCUGCUCCUGCUCCUGCUCCUGCUCCUGCUCCUGCUCCUGCUCCUGCCCCUGCUCCUGCUCCUGCUCCUGCCCCUGCCCCUGCCCCUGCCCCUGCCCCUGCUCCUGCUCCUGCUCCUGCUGAGCAAGAAACCAGAUUGGUUCUGAAGCCUAUAAUGUCUACCUCCACCAAUAAGGAUGACCUUUAUGUCCCCUGCAUAAGGGGAAAUCACGCUCUCAGAGAGCUUGUGGUCAUUCAAAAGCGUCCACCUGUGGAGGCCAAGGAAGAAUCCGAAGAUGAUGUUACUGUAACCCCAAAGAUGCAGAAAGGCUUCAGGUUUAAUCACAAAGCAAUAUCCAGGACUUCCUCUUUCAAAACUUCUACCCCGGGAUCGUCACUUGGGUACCACAAGCGGAGGAAGAAGAUCAAAAAACGCUGGGCUAAUUCCCGGGGAAGAUUGUGGAAAGCUGCAGCUGCCUCCCCCACGGUCGUCCACAGCCCGUCAUUAACUGUCGCUAUGCAACCAGAGCUUGAUGAUGUAGAAGGGCUGCUGUUUGUGUCAUUCACCUCAAAGGAAGCUCUUGAUGUUCAUGUUGGGGACAAGCCAACAAAUAAGUCAUCAUUUGCAUCCUCAGUAACCAAAACAACUGUGAAGGAGUGGAGGCACACCGCUGAGGAGACUGCAGAGACAGAUGAAGAGAAGAUAACCCGCUUGGAGGCCGUUCUGCUUAAGGACCUCAGAGGGUUCAAACACGGACAGGUGAUCCAUCCUGUGCUGCAGGAGGUGGGCUUGAAGCUGACCUCCCUUGACCAAAACCAUUCCAUUGACCUGCAGUAUCUGGGGGUUGUUUUGCCGCUGCCUCCCCCAAAACUACCAGAAAAAGAAGAAGCUACAGCUCCUGGUGAAGAAGGGUUACCCUUCAUCUCACGGACUGGAAAGACAAACGACAUGACCAAAAUAAAAGGAUGGAGAAACAAAUUCAUCAAAAAGAAUAAAGAAACCUCCUCUAACUGUGAUGGAUCUCAAAAGAACCUGUCUGCGUUCUGCAGCAACAUGCUGGAUGAGUACUUGGAGAGUGAAGCUCAGUACAUCAGUGAGCGUGCUGCUGCUUUCUCCACAAACCCUGAAAGCUCAGUGUCUUACCAGCUACCUGCUAAGAGCUCCAGCUACGUGAAGACCCUGGACAGCGUACUCAAAAAUCGAAGCACUACUUCCAAACUUCCUGAGGUGGCCCACAGACCUGGCCUCUUUUCCCAGGCUCCUCUCCUGGCCAGCCCUGCCUCCUCUGUACAAGCUAACGCUCCGUCCACACAGCAGUCUGCAUCUAUGCAGGAGCAGCCAGGAGCUGACAUGAAGAGAAGCCGGAGACAGGCGGCGAUGACAGUCAGACCUCCAGGCUACACUAAGAGCCAGCUCAAACUGAUGGAGCUGGAGCGCUGUGUCUUAAAUGAGGCUCCAUACAGAACACUACUGACUCCAGACAGGCUGUCUGUGGCUAUGUCUGCCAUCCUCACCAAACAGAUGCUGCCCAGUCAGCUCAAGGGGUCUGAGUAUCCCCACUCUAAAGGUGAGGGACAUGAAUGUGGUCAGGACUUCUGCAGACUGGGCUGCAUUUGUUCCAGUCUGCAGCAUCUGAACAGAGGUCCCCUCCACUGCCGCCGACCUGAGUGCAUGUUUAACUGUGCCUGCUUCAAAAGUAAGAUCACCAAGCAGAUGACCAGAGAGGAGAGUCAACAGAACAAUCCUGUUUCAGCUGUGGCUGAUAUAGAAUAUGUGGUCCAGCAUUGCCCGGGCCCCAAUGCUAAAAAACUGUGGAACCGCAACAUUUUUGACCAGGAGUCAGAUCCAAUCAUCGCCCCAAAAAUGGCUCCCAUGCAGACGGCCUCCACUAAAGUCCAAAAGCGCAACAGUGUGCCUCGUCCAAUACAACCGAUAAGAGAAGAGGAUAAGGAUCCAGUGUAUAAAUACUUGGAGAGCAAGAUGACAUGUGCUCGUGUAAGAGAGUUUAACAGCAAGCCUCCCCCUGAAGUCCCUGAGCCCACAACACCUGAUACUUCUUCAUCAAGUACCACAGAAAAAGCCCAGGAGACAAGCACAGAUAGUCUGCUGAAAAAGUGCCUCAAAUCUCUUUUGGAUUUUAAAGAAGCAGGAAAGACUUCUCAGGGAUCAGAGUCCAAUGAGGCAGGAGCGCAAAAGAAAAUUGAGAUCCAGUCAGCAUGUCUGUGGGAUAAAGAUCGGAAAAGAAUCCUUGAAGUUUUGUAUCGACGCAUGACUCAAAAUCGGCUGUCUCGUCACUUCUGGAUCGGACCUUACAGCAUCCGCCCAAUCACCAAGAUCUCCAUACAGAAGCCGAGUGGCUCCGUCAUCACAUACAGGGUUCACAUCAGUAGACCAUCAGAAGCCAGCGAUUAUGAGGAAGAGGAAUCUGAUGACAGUGAUGAGGAGAAUUAUGCCAAUAAAAGUCUUUCGGGGAACAGCGAUGCAGAACUGGAAGAUAGCAAAGUUGGAGUGGUUCCCUUCCUCAGUGGAGUGACACCAGCAGGCAGACUGAGAGCCAGGACCAAACCGGUUGGCUGUCAAGCAAAUGGACUCAUACAGGUGAACGGCAAAUCCUACAACCAAGCCAGACUGGUGCUCGGGAACAUGGGAGCUCUACACCCCGCCAAUCGCCUGGCAGCAUACAUCACAGGCCGCUUGCACACACCCGCUGGUGUUUCUAUAACAAGCUCUCAGAGAUCAGACCCUGCAGCAAUAAUCAGUCCCCUCGGAGGCCUGCGCAUAAAGACAUCAGGCACAGUGGUCCCUCCAAUUAUUGCUGCGAGCAAAACCACUGAUCUGAAGGCUCCAGUGCAGCUACCAGCUAAUCUCCCCCAGCCAGAAGAGAAGAGAAAAGAAUCCAUCACCUCGCCGAAACAUUCACCAAACUCGUCCUCCAGCAACCCGAUCCAGAGUUUCAUGGAAAAGCAGCUCAACUCAGUCAGCCUGUUCCAGAGUAUCUCUGCGUCCUCGCCUGUCUCUCUCACUGUCUCACCAUCACUGAAAACCCCCAGCUUCUUAGCACAGAGUGGGACACGCUCAUUCAGAAUCUGCCCUCCAGCUGACAAAGGGACUGAGGGCAAAACCCAACCUGGAGUCCCCCUGCCUGGGGGGUUCACCCUCAUUCAGCUCCCCAAGCCUAAAAGAGAUGGAGCUGCAGUGAAGCCUCAACCUGUCAGCACUACAAACAAGGCUGCUGCACCUGUUCCAGAUGUGAAGUGGCUUGACAUCUUUGCUCGAGCCAGGGAGAUCAUCAAAUCCGCCCAGCCUGGAGCCUUCACAAAGCAGAUGUUUGAUGAGAAGAUGCGAUCAGCUGAGAAUGAGAAAGUCAGAGCCUGGAAGAUGGAGUCAAAUCUCGAUCUCUUUCCUGAUGAAUUGAGCUCCGACUUCUCCGACUUUGAUGUAGAGGGUGAUGAGGAUGAUGAAGAUGAGGAACUGGUGGACAUAGAGACGGUAGAGGAAGCAAAACAAGGGCUGGCAAUCGCUAAAAUGAAAGAAGUUGUGCGCAUGGCAUUACAGGACUCAAGAGAUUCCAGCGAGGGUUUUGGAUUAAUUAGCGAACUGGCCAAGACACAAUUAGAGGAUAAAAUUGAUGCUAUGUCUAAGAAUACGAACAGGCAAAUCAAACACACUGUGCUAGAGAGACGGAGACGCCUUGAGCUGCGGGAUCUCUUCGACAAACUUCAGAGUGUUCUCCAGAGUGACCCCAAAGCCCCCAGGUCGCGCCACCUCUCACUGGCUGUCGAAGAAAUCCAAAACCUGGUUGAGACUUCCAAAAGUCUGGAGGAGCAGAAACGUGAGCUGGUGCAGAAGCAGUCACUCUACAUGAAGGAGCUCUCUACUUUGUCUGGGAAAACGGAUGAACUGAUCAAACAGAGAUUGAAUGAUAUCUCUAAGAAGCAGAAAAUAAGAGAGAAGACGGAUAAAUUUAGACCCUUCUUCUCUCACCUGCUCCAGUCUCGAGCUGCUGUACUAGAAGCCACUGCAUCCAAGUCCAAGCAGCAGCCCCAGACAGAGCCUGACCUAUUCAGCGGUAGGUCUUCCGAACUUCACCCACUUGUGGCUGCAGCACUAGCUACUAUAACCAAGAAGCCCAAAUCCAAGCCAACUUAUUAUGAGCCUCUAGCAGUUUUUUCUGAUGCCAUGCUCAAAUUCAAUGCACGCCCAGCAAGGGGAGAGAAGCAGCCAGUGGACCUAACGGCCCCUGACAAAGGUACACAGCAUCAGGUGGAGACUGUAGGACAGCAGGAGACUGUGGUCAGCAUUCCCAAAACCCAGACUGAGUCCCAGCCUCAACCACCCUCAGUUGCAGCUAAACCUCAGGGCACCACAACCCCACCUGUGUCAAAAUCACACAAAUCCAAAAAGCCCAUUCCUCUUCCUCUGAUCCGCUCAAAGACCGGCAGAAUUAUACUACCUGCAUCUCUUAAACCACUUGGUCAAGGCUACUACACAUUGACGUUCAUGAACCAGGACGGGAAAGAAGUGAAGACGCCUCCUGUCAUCAAGCCGGCCACAGACCAAGACAAGAGCUUACCUGAAUCAUCAUCACCAAUCACCAACCAUCAAGAUUUAAGUAGCAUUCAGAUUUCUGACAGUGUCCAAACCCCCAAAUCUCAACCAAUUCCUUCGACUUCAAGUCUUCCACGCCCCCUCGUCCUCCAAAACAAACAAAGUUUUGUGCCUUUAUUGGAUCUGAUGGCAGCCAAGGAGACCAGCGCAGCAGCACGUGUAAAGGAAACACAAGGAGCGGCCCCCUUGACUUUUGAGCAUGUAUAUCCUACUACUGUUACUACUACUCUUACUGCUCCCCCUCCUACUUUGGUUGAGCCAAAGCCUGAUCCCGACCCUCCCUUAGUUCGCCGUGGCAGAGGAAGACCCCGUAAGAACCCUCUUCCUGAACAAUUACACCCCACUGUGGCCUGUAAAAGUGAAACAUCUUUACUGGUAGAGGAGAUAAAAACGGAAAAUCAAAGUGUUGAAGUGACCAGAACACAAGCAUUUGAAACCCCCCCACUAGCCAAACGAGGCAGGGGAAGACCUCGUAAGGAUCCGUCUAAAUCUGUACAAAUGUGGAGACCUCCGGGUUAUCGAGUAAAACGUAGUCCCUCCCCUAAAUCCGAGGGGGACAGCCCUGACAGGUUCUCUGACAGUUUUCAAAGCUCAGGUGUUAAAUGCGAGGGAGAAACCCCUUUGAUGGGAUUUAAGAGCACAUCCCGGCCUUUGACCCGAGGUGCUUUGGGAAAAGACUUUCCAAGUGCAAAGAAACGCUCGUGGAUAGAUGUUGAGAAGGAACUGGAACCAGAGCUCGAGUCUGAAUAGUACUCAAAUCCUUCUGUCUCACUAAAGCCAAGGUACGCCAUCAUUUGACCUCAGAGCUUGAUGCUGCUUUUUUCUGUGUGCAAGCACAAAACUCAGUGGACUUUUUUCACACUAUUAAGUUAAGAUGUCUUUGGUAUAAAUAAUUAACAGAAAGCAUUAUGACUUCUGAAAAGUUUUUUCUUCAAUAUGUUUUUUUGUCAGUCAUUUAUUUCCUGUCUCUUACACAAAUUGAAAUAAACUGCACAGGUUGUGUUUAUCUUUGUGAGUGAAACACGUGUUUCCUGGAUAGAAUCAGGUCUUACACUGCCUCAUUAACUGAAUGUACAUUUAUUUUUUAUUGAGAGCUAGUUCGAUGUAAUCUUCUAGUUGAACUCUUUUUUUUUGUUACUAACUCAGUGAAAAUCAUCUGUGGUAGCACUUUAUGUUUUUAUGUAGAAAUGAUUUCUGCUCCUGUCUGUAUAGUUAACAGCAAUGAUCUGAAGUCUGGGAGUUAUUUCAGAGAUCUGUACAGACUCCUGGGGAUGUGUCACAAGCAAUCAAGAUGAAAGCUUUCAGCCAUAUAUUGUAUCUAUGAAAAUAACCUGUAAAUAUUAUAUUUCUUUUUUUAUUCCAGUACAUUUAUUUUGUUGAUGAUGUUGAAACACUGGUUGUCUUGUGUCUAGUUUUACUGACAAUGUGAAUAUCAUGUGGCCUUUAUUAAUAAAAAAUAUGACAUGCA